AUGGACAUGACUUUGAAGAGAGAUAGAGUAGAAGAACAAUCGGUGGAGAAAUUUGCAAUGGAGAAUUGUAUGGAUAUAAUAAAAAGGAACGAAUUGUUAGGACGACAUAAACUACUCUUCAAAUGCAAGAAAUGCAUAAAACGAUUCAAUUCGUUUCAAGCACUCGGUGGGCACAUGACAAGCCACAAGAAUAGGGAGAUUAAGCUCAUUGCGAUGAGAACUAAUGGUGGCGACUCAUUAUCCGUUAAGCCCAAAAAACACGCAUGUUCUAUUUGUGGCGAAGAGUUCGCUAUUGGACAAGCUUUGGACGGACACAUGAGAAAACAUCGCGAUAAAUUGAAUCAACUCGAGCAGAAGAAGAUGAAGACAUUGAAGGAGAAUUCGAAGAGUGGUGAAUUAGUAGUAGCUCUUCACGACGUAGCAGACACACUAACAAAUUAA